AUCAAGCACCUAGGCAUGCAGACGGCUUCUACAAACAUUUGUGAAAGAAUGGGUCGCUCUCAGGAGCUCAGUGACUCCAAGCGUGGUACUGUGAUAGGUGGCCACCUGUGCAAUAAGUCCAUCCAUGAAAUUUCCUUGCUACUAAAUAUUCCACAGUCAACUGUUUGUGGUAUUAUAACAAAGUGGAAGCAACUGGGAACAACAGCAACUCAGACAGUGGUGGAGUGAUAGGCUACAUAAAAUGACAGAGCGGGGUCCGUUCAUGCUGAAGUCGCCAACUGUCUGUAGAGUCAAUAGCUAAAGACCUCCAAACUUUGUGUGGCCUUCAGAUUAGCACAAAGCAUUAGCGCAAAGCAUCGGAUGCAGUGGUGUAAAGCACACUGCCACUGUACUCUAGAGUAUCAUGAAUCACGCUUCUUUGUCUGACAAUCCGAUGGACGUGUCUAGGUUUGGUUGCCAGGAGAUUGGUACUUGCCUGAUUACAUUGUGUCAAGUAUAAAGUUU